CGGCGAUCAAAUUAAAACUGAUCAUGUGUAUUAUUGGAACAUUCCUGGCACCAGCUGCAACUUUUAUUAAGUUGCGCUCAACCUGAUGCAGGCUGUGACCAUGUCAGCUAUGAAUCACCCAGUGAAACGAUCCAGCACGAUAUCCUCAGCAGCUUAGCGUCCCCAGUACCCGGUCUUCAUGGGUUCCCAGCUCAUUUAAAAAGGUGAACGGAUGUGUAUGCAGAACCCAAUUAUUUCCUCUCGAACGAAUCCAGAUGGAAUAUUCAGUAGACGAUGUCACAGCGGCCAGAAGUCUGCAGAUAUUCGUGUUCUCAUACACGUCGAUGGCGACAUUCUGGAUCUAUGACUAUAUUUGUUCACUUCACGAAGAGUGGACAUUCCUACUUCGGUCGCGCUGGACGACAGUAAAAGCCCUUUAUAUCACUGCACGAUAUGUCCCCUUUUUAAUCAUCACCGUGAACCUAUAUCGUGCUUCAGUGGCCGUGGCCCCGAACGAGAAUAACAAUAAAUGCCGGAUGUUGAUCGAUAUUAUCGUAUCCUUGAGUCUGAUUUCAUUCACUUGCUCUGAAUGCUUUUUUGUCCUCAGAACGUAUGCACUCUGGAACAAAAAUAGAAUUCUACUCGUAGUCAUGCUGUCCACCCUUUUUGCUAUCAUCAUAUCAUGCUUCAUCAUUAAUGGUUUUACUGCUAUUGUAUCCUCUUAUUUUAUGGCUAGUACGAUCUUAGGCUGUCACCGGAGCUCGGGCAGUUUCUCAUUCUUCAUACCGUUUAUUCUUAUGUUUGUAUUCCAACUGGUACUGGUGUCCCUCACACUCGUGUGUGUCAUACAGAGUUGGCGGUCGGCCAAGGGCCCUCUGUACGCCAUCCUAAUGAAGCAUAACAUAUUCUACUAUUUCUGUCGGCUGUGAACGUCAUUGUGCCACUGCUGCCGCUUUCUGAUGUGCGUAA